UGUUAUUUCGUGUCUUUGUCUAUCCAUUCAUCCAUUCAGUGUUUUAUUACUCAACAAAACGUUAAGAUGAGAUCAGUGAUCGUAUUGAGUGUUUUGGUUUUGUUGAUUGUGGGCGCAGUCUAUGGUCAGGAAAACUUCCACCGAUUCUGCGGCGGAAACGAGGACUGCAAACACACCGACAAG